UGGAACCCACCAUGGCUUUCUUUGCAUUAGCGGCUGCAACGUUGCGUAAUCUUGGCACAGACUUUUACAGUUUCACAUACUGAUUACGAUCUUCAAUACAACCAAAUGUUAUCUCCUCGAUCUUAUUGAUCACGACCCUUAUUAAUCUUUAAAAAUAGAUGCACACAAAAUAUUUUAUAUUCACAUUCUAACAGUUUGAUUUGUUUUAUUCCCAGAAGUCACUGUUAAUUACUCUGAUUUUUGCACUACAACGUACCCCAUUUUCCGUGUUUUUUGAGUUUUCAAGAGUUGAACGCAGCGUAUUUUCUUUAUUGUGUGCGCAUGAGAGAUUGGCUGCACCUGCAAAUUUGUUGACGAUAUCGCUGUGUGAAAAAAGAAAGAGACAAAAAGGGUGGGAUUGUUCACAUCUGUAGUCUAUUCUUUGGGCAUUUGAUUAUACGGCCUUCGCUUUUGGGUUAUGCAUCAACACUUUAGGAAGGGUUCAGAAUUUAUAAAAAAAUCAAGUUUUGUUAUCUGUAACUGAUGUAAGAAUUUUUGAGGAUUUUCUUGAUUUUGGGUUUCUGGGUUUUUGGCCGAAUCUGUUAAGCUUAUUUUUUAGCGGUUAUUUGGGGGUUUUGAUCGUGGGCUUGCCCGUGCAAGUGUUUUGAUAAUCUGGGUUUUUCUUAUAAUUGUGCUUAGUAAGUGGAAUUGGGGCUAGUAACUUCAAGUUUUCCUUCACUGAAUUUGACUAUGAUAUAGGAAAUACGGAUUUGCAAUAUACUGGAAAUUGAUUGCUAGAUUCUGUGCAGAUUUUGUUUUUCGCCCGACCGGAACUGGUGAAAUUUGACUCCAAUUUGAAGGUUAUUAUCUUUUUCAGAUUUCUGAUGGGUUAAAUGUUCUUUUGCAUGAUCUUGGGAGGUGAUCUGAUCGUGGAUAAAUUAUGAUGAACGUUUUGAGGUGAUUUUCUGGAAUGCAAUUGAUGCUGUAGACUACGAUUUUGCCAAUUUCAUUGUGGAUUUUAGAUCGUGAAGGAUAAUGGAAUCCUACAAUUUGUUAACGCUAUGUUGGAAAUGGUGAAAUUUUAAUUAAGCUUGGAUGCUGAUGAAAUGGCAUCUCAAUCUCCACCCCCAAAUUCUCCACCUGCUGCUAUUCCACCUGCUUCCUCCAAUUCUCCACCACCUCUGCCUUCCCCUCCCAGUUCUACCCCAUCAGAACCAUCAAAUGCUCCACCACCUCAGCUCAAUUCUCCUCCCCCCACCACCACUCCAUCACCUCAAUCCUCGCCUCCAACCAAUGUUGCACCACCACCUUCAGCCUUGCCCCCGCCUCCUGCGGCUUCUCCACCGCCUACUAUAUCUUCUCCUCCUCAGCCUGCACCCUCUCCACCGCCAGCCAAUACACCGCCUACAUCUUCAAGUUCACCUCCACCUCUGCCUAACCCACCAGCUAGCUCACCACCCCCACCUGCGUCUAACCCUCCAGCUAGCUCAGCACCUCCACCAUCCAGUGCCCCUGCAAGUUCACCACCAUCUCCAUCGACUAAGCCACCGAUAAAUUCACCUCCAUCGCCAUCAUCUAUACCGUCUGCAAGUCCACCUGCGCCACCAAAGAAUGAUCUACCUCCAGGUCCUCCACCAUCAACACAAUCACCAGAAAGUUCGCCUCCACCUCCAUCUAGCCUUCCCCCUGUGAAUUCACCACCCCCACCAUUAUCUAAGCCGCCUCGAAAUUUGCCUCCUCAACCAGCAGCCAAACCACCCCAGAAGUCGCUUCUACCUCCUGCACCUAUCUCUCCUGAAAGUUCACCCCCACCGUCAGCAUUACUGACACCCCCUAAGUCUCCACCUCCAUUUCUAACGCCACCAUCUCGUUAUACUCCAGCAUCUCCCCCAUCUUCAAAUUCUCCUCAAAGGUCGCCACCAUCUCCUCCCUCUGUUGUGUCCUCACCAACAAACAACAACAAUUCCAGCGCUAAUGCUCCCAAAAGCUCUCAAUCUGCAGGUGGUGGAGGCAUUGGCACUGGAGUCACUAUAGCAAUUGUUUCAGUACUUGUCUUUCUAUUGCUAUCCAUCUUUGCAUCGGUAUGGUGGUGCAUAUGGAAGAGAAAGAAAAAGGCCUCUGGGCUUGGUGGCGUUUACAUCAUGCCAACCUCUGUUGGUUCUUCACCAAAAUCAGAUUCCACUUUAUUGAAGGUACAAAUAUCAGCACCCAUCAAUGGAAAUGGCUCUGGCAGUGGUUUUGAAAAUUCACCACGUGAGCCUGGUGCCUUGGGCAAUUCAAGGCCAUGGUUUACAUACGAAGAACUAGUUGAAGCCACUAACGGAUUUUCAGGACAGAAUCUCUUGGGUGAAGGUGGAUUUGGUUCUGUUUACAAAGGAUGUCUAGCAGAUGGUAGAUUGGUCGCAGUUAAGCAGUUAAAGAUUGAUGGGGGACAAGGGGAGCGAGAAUUCAGAUCUGAAGUCGAGAUAAUUAGUCGCAUACACCAUCGGCAUUUGGUUUCACUUGUUGGUUAUUGCAUUUCGGAGAACAGAAGGCUGCUUGUAUAUGAUUAUGUCCCAAAUAAUAGUCUUUACUUCCAUCUUCAUGGUGAAGGUAGACCUGUUAUUAGUUGGGCUACACGAGUACGGAUUGCUGUUGGUGCAGCUCGUGGAAUAGCUUACCUUCAUGAAGACUGCCAUCCCCGUAUUAUUCAUAGAGAUAUCAAGUCAUCAAACAUCCUCCUAGAUAACAACUUUGAAGCUCGGGUUUCUGAUUUCGGACUUGCUAAAUUAGCAACGGAUACAAAUACGCAUGUCACUACACGGGUUAUGGGGACCUUUGGAUACAUGGCUCCUGAAUAUGCAACAAGUGGCAAGUUGACAGAUAAGUCUGAUGUAUUUUCCUAUGGAGUUGUACUUUUAGAGCUAAUUACGGGCCGCAAGCCUGUGGAUACAUCUCAACCCGCAGGGGAGGAGAGUCUUGUAGAGUGGGCUCGACCUUUGCUUGGUCAUGCACUUGAGACGAGGGAAUUUGAGAGGUUGGCAGAUUCAAGGCUUGAAGGAAAUUAUGUUGACAGUGAAAUGUUUCGAAUGAUUGAGGCUGCUGCAGUCUGUGUGCGCCAUUCAGCUGCAAAGAGACCGAAAAUGGGACAGGUUGUGAGGGUGUUUGAUAGUAUAGCUACGUCGGACUUGACAAAUGGAAUGAAAGUGGGUGAAAGUGCAAUAUAUAACUCUGCACAACAAUCUGCAGAAAUUAGAUUGUUACGGAGGAUGGCAUUUGGUAGUCAAAACUACAGUACAGAUUUUUUCAGUCAAAAUAACUUGAGUAGUGAAGGUCAUCUGGAGAACAGUCGUUAAGAUUGAUGCAUUGAAGUUCCAGAGUUUUUUUCUCAGGUCAGCUGAAUAUAUUGAUGUAAUUGCAACACCAGCUCGACUAGGAGGUAUUUAUUUGUUUCACUGUCUGUGCAUCUGACACAACUUCAGACUUUCCAAUCCUGUAGGGUUUUAUAGAGAAUGUUUAUUUUAGCAUAUAUAAGUAUUUUUCAUUUGUUGCACCAAUUUUUCCCUGUAAGUAACAUCAAAUUUUUGUUCAGUGAUUACCAUUUUUAUAUAAGUUUUUCCAUUGAUUCCUUUUA